GUGUUAAUAAUACUAAUAAAAAAGUAUAUCAAAAGUUCAUCACUUGUUUAGUGGGUUAUCCAUCAGUCAAGUGAUGUGUCAUUCAUUGGCUAACCAUUGGGUCAAUUAAUCACUUGCGACCUCCUUUUGCCACCCAAGAGAUCAACUAGAGAUUGUCAACUGAUCCAAAACAACUGUUUGUCUUUUUAUAACUUUUAUUUGUUAUUUAAGCAACAAUGGUAUCGAUAGUGGAUUCGUGGGACGCCUUCAAAGAGCUCGUAUAUGUCAUGUGGACAGCCAUUCAUCUGUACAUUUUGGGUGCCAUUUAUGUCCUCAAAGAGCUUAACCGCAAGACACAAAUAAUAUCAUCAGUGCGUCAUCUGUCGACUGAUGACACAGAUCUACCGAAGAGAUUGGACAAUAAAGUGGCCAUUAUUACGGGUGGUUCUCGAGGUAUUGGUCUCGAGGCUGCUAUUGUUUUAUUACUUAAGGGCUGUCACGUCAUAAUCGCCAGUUCGGCUAAUCCUAAGACAUUGAAUCAAUUGACAAAUACAAUAUUAGCCACUGUUAACCAACAAAACACACGCAAAGAAAAGAUCGGUAAACUAGAGAUAUGGCGAUUGGAUCUCUUGUCUAUUAAAUCUGUUCAACAAUUUGUCGAUAAAUUUCACUCUUCAGAUGUAAAAAAUCUCCACUAUUUGGUGAACAAUGCGGCCAUAAUGUUUGCACCGAAAAAGGUGACCGACGAUGGCUACGAGUCUCACUUUGAGGUAAACUAUUUGGGUCAUUGUUUGCUCAUAUGGGCACUCAUGCCGGUAAUGGUAGCAUCGGCCAAACGGUGCGGUCAAAGAUCGCGAGUGGUUAAUGUUAGCUCAUCGACACAUUAUGCCCGUGACCUCCGUAUCAAUGAUCUACAAUCUGAAGAUAUUUAUUCUCCAUUUCACGCAUACGCUCAGUCAAAGUUGUGUCAAAUUAUGUUUACAUAUAGUCUUAACGAUUGGUUGGCCACACACCCGAUGUCUGGCCAAUAUAUUACUGUAAACUCAUUACAUCCUGGCGUUGCUUUAACCGAACUAUACACCAACGUUUGGUGGGUUAAGAUGUUGCCAGCACUGGCCAGGGCUUUAUUUCGGACAUCUAAAGAAGGCGCCGAAACCAUUAUCUACGCCACGAUAUCAUCCGAGUUGGAGGGAGUCGGUGGCAAAUAUCUGGAGGACUGCGCUAUAAUCAAAUCAUCGCCUUUUUCGUUGAACAAACAAUACCAGCAAAAGUUAUGGCAAAAGACUUGGCAAUUACUUGAAGACCAGAUCCAUGGUUUACCCAAUCCUAUUGAUAGUUGAAAUUAUUUACAUUAAU